GGGCUGCCAAGUUACGAGAAUUUGCGGUGGGCAUUCGCCUGAAGGCAUGGGGUAGUGAGAUGAUACAGGAAAUCUUUCAAGUGGUAUGCUUCGUGUUAUAUAGAGGCUUCCUUGACGAAUUGUGUGGCAUUGCUCAUUAUGGAAUAGGCUUCUACCAAAAUGGAAAUUUGUUCGAAGGCGUACGGGGUAAAAGUCUCUACCCAAGAUCAUGACAAAGAUAUUCUACAUAUCCAAGUGACUGGUCCUAAAGAAGAGUAUCUAAAGAUUGUUAACCCCCCUGGUUCGUUGUUUCUUUCGCAUACCUAUUAAUGACUUCUACUAAUGCCAUGGUUAGAAGUGCCUAAUGAAUUAAAUCGAGGUACGCAUGUUAUUUUAAUCAUUAGGCAAAGAUAGAGUUAAUGAGAAAAAGUAUUUACGGACGAAGACAUUUUCGAAAAACAGUCAGCACGGAUCAACAGCGCACCUACUUGAGCCGCGUAGCUGUCCGGUUUGGGGAUAUCAUCAAACAUGCCAUGGGUACGCAACUCAAUGAACAAUCAAUCUUACCUAUGAACCACCAGUCACCACUCAUGGCUCAUGUGCAGGGAAUGAGCAAAAUAUUCACCUCAACGAUUUUCUCAAGAGGAACAUUGCUAGAGGUUUGAAGACGAACAAGAAGAGGAGGAUAAAGAGGAUAAGUGGGGUUUCACACAUGACGAGAUACCAUGUUACGAAUCGCGAAAUAUUGUGUAUGGCUUUUCCUGUGAUCUGUCAGAGAACUAUACAUAUCCUAAGCUGGAAGGAUUGCUCACUAAGC